GUGCACAACAGCUGAAGCGGGAUGAACUGGAUCAUAGUAAUACUGUCAACGACAUGUGCCGCGGCACUGGCUGCACCGCAGUACACAGGGGUGCCAACCCAUCGUCAACAUGCCGCCGCCCCCGCCGCUUACCGUAGUGCCGCCCCCAGCUACCAGGGGCCGCCCGUCGUACCUGUCAUCCUGCCCGGAGGGUUCAUUGCAGAUACAGAGGAAGUUGCCCGAGCAAAGGAGUUGCAUUUUAACGCUUUUGCCAACGCCGCUACUCAAGUUAAGGACACCAAGUACCAGCCCUCCUACACCCAGGAUGUGCAGCCCAGGUACACAGCAGCAGUUCAGAAGCCACUUUACACCCCAGCCCCAGCUCCAGUAGCUCGUCAGCAGAACUACAACGUCCCCCAGCACCGCUACACCGGACCUGUAGCUACUACCAGCGGCUAUACGCCAUCUCCAGUCUACCAGCAGCAGCAGCCCCGCUACCAGGGGCCUCCCGUGGUCCCCGUCGUGCUGCCCAACGGCUACAUCGCCGAGACAGCUGACGUGGAGGCUGCUAAGGAACACCACUUCCAGCUGUACGCUGCAGCCCAGGCGGCAGCGGCGAGGGCCCAGGAGCGAGCCGGGGCUAACAAAUACGGCUACACCGCGGCGGCUCCUGCGGCCUCCUACACGUACAACGAUGAGGAUGACGGUGGUCAGUACGAGGAGCAGGACCAAAGGUACAACCAGGUGUACCAGCCCGCGGCUCACCAGAAGGCAGCGUACCGGGGACCUCCUGUAGUGCCUGUGGUGCUGCCCUCUGGUCACAUUGCUGACACAGCGGAGGUUGCUGCAGCUAAGAUCUCUCACCUGCAGCAGCUGCUGGAUGCUGCACAGAAGUCACUACCUCAGCAACGAUACAGAUAAACCAACCGAACAUCAGUCAUCGCUUAGUCAGUAGUCUCCGACUAGUAUACAGUAGGCUUUGUAUCCACACAAGCAGUUGCCCUUGUAUAAAACAUGUUAAGUAUUAAGGUAUACGAGGAUCACGUAAAGACUUUGUAAAUAUUUUAUUGCUUUAAUUAUGUUAUAAUGACCUAUUUGAUUUAUUUAUAGCC